AUGGGUGCUCUAUUUUCAUUAUUUAAAAAACAAGAAUCAAAAGUUAAUGAACACGACAAGGCAGUCCUUGAAUUGAAAUCACAUCGUGACAAGGUCAAAGUUUACCAAAAGAAAUUAUCUUCUGUCAUUGAAAAAGAAAGAGAUGUUGCAAAAACUCUAUUAAAAGAAGGAAAGAAGGAAAAGGCUCUCCUGGCCUUGAAGAAGAAAAAGUAUCAAGAAAGUCUACUAGAUAAGACCCAAAAACAACUUGAAAAUCUUCAAAAUAUGGUGGAUCAAUUAGAAUUUGCUCAAAUUGAAAAACAAGUGUUCGAUGGACUGAAACAAGGAAAGCAAGCUCUUGAGAUUUUACAAAAGGAAAUGGGAUCUAUUGAAGAUAUUGAAAAAUUGAUGGAAGAAAGCCGAGAAGCAAUUCAAUAUCAGGAAGAAAUAAGCCGAAUUAUAAGUGAGAGUCUUACACCUGAUGACAUUCAUAGUGUUGAAGAGGAUUUAAACGAAUUAGAGGCUGUCAUGCUGCAAGAGAAACUGCCGCAAGUCAACAAAACGCCACUUCCAAAGAUGUCUGAGCCUAAAAAAGAUGACAUAGAAAUUGAGGAAGAUGAUAGAAAGCCUGUUCAGCUGUAA